GUGCUGAUGGCGCACCCUGAGCUGUUUGUGACGAGAGCGCCCCCUGUGGAGGGGAGUGCCUUGGAGCUCGGUGCUCUGGGCUUCCUGGGUUCAUUCGGGGAAGAAAACAACACGGCAGAGAGAUGCUACCACGCCCACUCCCGCAGCAGCGUCCUCCAGGGCCUGCCAUUUGGAGGCGUGCCCACGGUUCUCGCCAUCAACGUGGUGCUCUGGAUGUUCUUGCUGCUCAUCUUCUCCUGUCUGAGGAAGGCUGCUUGGGACUACGGCCGCCUGGCUCUGCUGAUGGAGAACGACAGUCUGACGUCCCUGUUUUAUGGAGAACCCAGUGAGAAGGAGAAGUCUCCCUCCGAGUCCAGCCCCUCUGACUCUGAGACCAAGGACCUGGGCUUCUGCUCGUGGCUCUCAUCUCUUUACCAUAUGAAGGACGAGGAGAUCCGCAGCAAAUGUGGCAUCGAUGCCGUCACGUACCUGUCCUUCCAGCGCCACAUCAUCCUGCUCAUGACCGUAGUGUGCUUGCUGUCUUUGGCCGUAAUCCUGCCGGUCAACUUUUCCGGGAACCUCCUGGGAGACAGUCCUGAAAACUUUGGAAGAACAACACUGGCUAAUGUCAGUGCAAAGGACAGCUUCCUGUGGCUCCACAGCAUCCUCGCUCUGGUUUACUUCAUCAUCACGUCGCUCUGCAUGGUUCAUCACUCGAUAAGGCUGGAGUACAGAGAAGAUGAGAAGGUAGCCAGGACACUGAUGAUCACCUCUAUACCCAGAGAGAUCUCUGACCCAGGACUCAUCACCAAACAUUUACAUGAGGCCUACCCCAGCUGCACUGUCACCGACAUCCGCUUCUGCUUCGACAUCCACAAGCUGAUGAGGCUGGACCUUGAGAGGCGUAAAGCGAUGAAGGGAAGGCUGUAUUUUGCCACCAAAGCCCAAAAAGACGGAAAGAUCAUGAUCAAGACUCAUCCGUGUGCUCAGAUAUUCUGCUGCGACAUCUGUGGCUUUGAAAAGGUGGAUGCAGAGCAGUACUACGGCGAAUUGGAAGAGAAGCGGACGGACGAGUUCAACGCCGAGAAGAAUCGCAUCUCCUUGAAGCGGCUCGGCAUCGCCUUCGUGACUUUUCGAGAUGAGAGGAUGACGGCAGUGAUUGUGAAGGACUACAGUCGUGUGCACUGCCGCCGCAGACCCCAGCAGUCAAGCAUCACCACGGUGGUGCAAUCUCACCAAUGGGGGGUCGGCUAUGCACCCGCUCCCAGUGACAUCAUCUGGGAGAACCUGUCGGUGUGUGGCUCUCGCUGGUGGCUCCGCUGCGUCCUCCUCAACAUCCUCCUCUUCCUGCUGCUCUUCUUCCUCACCACUCCCGCCAUCAUCGUCAACACCAUGGACAAGUUCAACGUCACCAAGCCCGUGGAGAGCCUGCAGAGCCCUGUCAUUACCCAGUUCUUCCCGACCCUCCUGCUGUGGGCGUUCUCAGUGCUUCUGCCCUUCAUCGUCUACUACUCAGCCUUCUUUGAGUCCCACUGGACCAGAUCUGGUGAGAACCAAGUAACGAUGCACAAGUGCUUCUUACUGCUGGUCUUCAUGGUCAUCAUCCUGCCCUCGCUCGGUCUGUCCAGUCUGGACCUGUUCUUCACCUGGCUCUUUGAUGUCAACUUCCUGGAUGAGAAGGAAGUCAAAUUCCAGUGUGUGUUCCUUCCCGACAACGGUGCGUUCUUUGUGAAUUACGUGAUCACGUCCAGCCUGAUUGGCACGUCUAUGGAGCUGCUCCGGAUCCCGGCACUGACGGUGUACGCCAUCCGCCUCUGCUUCGCUAAGUCCCAGGCCGAGCGGAUUCACGUCAAACGGAGUCAGGCCUAUGAGUUCCAGUUUGGCCUGGAGUACGCCUGGACUAUGUGCAUCUUUGCUGUCACCAUGACCUACAGCAUCACAUGUCCCAUCAUCACGCCCUUUGGUUUGCUCUACGUGAUCCUGAAGCACAUGGUCGACCGAUACAACAUCUACUAUGCAUACGUUCCCACCAAACUCAGCCAGCGGAUCCACCGAGCCGCCAUCAACCAGGUCGUCUUGGCCCCUCUCCUCUGCAUGUUCUGGCUGCUCUUCUUCUCUGUGCUCAAAUUAGGUGCAGUGCAUCCCAUCACCCUCUUCACCUUCGUGUCCCUGCUCUCCUGCAUCGUCUUCUGUCUCUUCCGCUUGUGCCUUAGGAAGCGACCGGACAAGUCAAUGAGCUACCAGAUGUCUGAUCAGCCAACAGAGGGGACGUUCACUGACGCAGACAGGAGCACUGGGACAUCCACCACGGCCUCCAAUCUGUUUGUGGCGUCUGUGCUACUGGAGCCAGAGCUGGCUUUGACUCCGAUGCCCUCCCCGGCCCACCACGGCUACGGUGCCAUGGCCAGCUCACAGGGUUCAAACCACAACCCAGCGGAGGAAGAGGAGAGCGAGGAAGACCAUACCCGGACCCAUGAGACUGAGCUCCAAGACCCCCCAGAACCUUACUGCUCCAGCCCGCUCAUGGACAGCCCUGUGGGCUACCAGUAA